AGGAUCGGGUGCUGAUUCUUGUUGCAAGUGUUGUUGGUGUGGAGACUUUGACAGUUUUGUUUGCUUCGGAAGGAUACUCGUGAAGUGAUCACCGCUGUGCCGCUGAAGCCGUCCCGCAACUCGUUCGAUGGCUGCCCCAGGACUGGGUGCGCUAAACUCACAGCCUGUCUGGCAACCAGGCUCCGGGGAGAAUCGCUUCAAGCCGGAACGCGCGGCUACCAGAAGAAACGUCCAGAAAUUGACAUGGAGAAGCUCUCACUGGCAGGCCGGCUUCCAGGCCGAUUCCGUUGACGCCGAGCCGCCGUCGACACAGGCCAGGAUCCAAUCGAUGACAAUUUCAGAUGUGUCUCCCGGUCUCGCGAUCCGGCGGAUUCUCCGCAUGUACGAAAGCGCGCAACACAAAGAGGCUGCAAACUUCAUCAACAGACUGAACCAGUCGACUUUUCGUUCGAUUCUGUCUGAUCUGCCCAUCGAAGUUUUUAUCGAGACCAUGCCUUCAACCCUGCCAAUGCUUGAAGCAAUUUACGCCAAAGUGUUCCUCGCAGACGGAAUCGAACCGACUCUGAAGCCUCUUAAGCCCGACGCCGUUGUUUUCCAAAUGGUAAAGCUGUUCGCAAGUUGCCACCAGGAUUCAGCUCCUCUGGCUCCUCAGGAUCAGCCUUCACCAACCUGCAAAAAACUUCUAAAGGUGAUAAUACUUAGCGAACCCCAGCUGCGAGCGACGAUCUGCCGACGAAAGAGAGCUUUCGAUAGAGCGAUUCAAAGUCUCGGACAACACGGACUGGUGGGGACGUCGGACGAUGCUCUCAUGAAUUUGCACGACGCGCUCAAGCUGGAAUUCGAGAGAAUUCUGUCGCAGUACAAGAGCGCGGUCGGCAAACUCGACGAACUGUCGUUAGCUCCGAAAACUCCGGUUGCGAGAUCGUUGUCUCACGGUCCCGCGCCGACGAAGGCUUCUCAUCAGCGGCAACUAUCUCUGAAACAAGGCGAAAUCCAGGAACGACUCAUCAAGAAUCAGAGCCUGCUCAACGUGCUUUAUCCCGCGCUCUCGAAUCAUCGAAACCUCGAAAUUCUUCUCGGCGUUCUCCAACGACGCAUUGAUUUUGACAAAGACGUUCUAUUCCAGUUCACUCAACUCCGGAAAGAGGCGAAGGAUGUCGACGGAGAUGCAUCAGUCGUAUCACAAGCAUUGAUGCGUUAUUCCUGGGGUUGUCAGAAGGUCAUCGACCUCAUGAAAGAAGUGGAACCCCAAGGAAAUCCAACAUUCGAUGAUCACGAAGACGACUCAUCCACGGACCUCAGUGCAGGUUAUCAUUCGGACUCGGAUUCGAACUGUGCUCGAUCGUCGAAUUUGAUAUCGAACAGCAAGAACGUAUCAUCACAACAUGGGAGUGGUCCAAGCCCAUCGAGCCGAUCAGCGUCGUCGACAACCCCUGCCGUAGCAUGGGAUCCACCUAAUGUACAAUCAGAACUCGAGGCCCUGAGACUCGAACUCGAAAAGGCGCGACAGACCAUCAAUAGUAUGCAACAGAACGAACAACAACUCAAACAACGAUUGGCGGCGGCUCCGGACGCUCCACGAAGCGGCUCCUCGGACAAGAGUUCUUCGGCGAAUUGCACGUUGGACAAAAGACCUUCAGCUCUCAUUCGGCGUUAUGGCUCUCUUUACGCGCAAGCGAGAAUCGACACUCUCGAUGCACUCGAAAAACUCCCACAGCUUAGCGAUUGCGAUGAGCUGAAAUCCAAACUGCUGUUUUCUGUUGUCGUGCUCGCAUUCCGGUCCGUACAGAACACCAUAGCUGACAUGAAGAGCCAGGUGAGGAGAGCUCUGAGAGUCAAGGAUGCCGCUUCUGAUCCUUACGCUGAAGAUCUUGAAGCUAGCGUUGAACUUUAUCUUCGAAGCAAGGCUGAAGACUUCGACGUAACGAAAAACAUACAAGAUGUCUGCCAACAAAUACUAGCAACACUUUACGACUACCCGUGUCUGAAAGACUGUCGAGGUUUGAUCACCUACGUGGGAGACAGUGUGAGGUUGGCUUGGGCCUUAUCAACUCAGACACCUCCCUACAGACUGGAGUUUGAAACCCGCACAUUCCGCUCAGACUACCACGUGCGAUUCCACUCUUCGAAUCAGAGUUCUGAACACAUCCGUACCUACCUGUGGCCAGCGCUGAUGGAAGCUGAAAAUGGACCUUGUGUACACAAAGGAGUAGUUAUCACAUAG